AAUGUUUCAAACAAAAGUUGCAUGGUAUCCAAGGGGACAUACAGUGCUCGAGUCUGUUUUUUAUUACCUUUCUUUUUUAUUGAGAUAUUACAGUCACCUUCAGUUUUUUAAAUGGAAUGUCAUCAUUGGAAUGUCUAGAUACAAGGAAAGUCCUGUACAAUUUACGAAUUCUACCGAAAAGAGCGAACACCGACUGUAUUUUGAGCCUUAUCGAAUCUCAUUCGCUAUCCCAACGAUUUCACGGGCAUUACCGCCACACCGCCACCGCCACUGCCCCACUGUCACUCUUUAGUAAUCUCCUCUCCCGCUCUCCGAUCUCCGAUUCAUCCUCGAUGACGUAGAGACUCUAGAGACUAAACAUCAUGGAGUGUACAGUGUACACGUGCUAAUUACACAUAACCUCAGAAUUAUCGAAAUAAGUAAUCACAGUAGAAAAGUAGAAAAAUGUCAAAAAGACCGGAACAUUUAGCACCGCCCGAAGUGUUUUACGAUGAAUGCGAAGCUCGAAAAUACACACAAAAUUCUCGAAUGAUGGAUAUACAAGAGCAGAUGUGUAAACGGGCUAUCGAACUUCUUUUAUUACCAGAGGAUAGUACACACUUACUUUUGGACAUUGGAUGUGGUUCUGGUUUAAGUGGCAGUGUAAUUGAAGACCAUGGACAUGUAUGGAUAGGUAUCGAUAUAUCUCCUGCAAUGCUUGGAGUAGCUUUAGAAAGAGAAGUGGAUGGAGAUUUAAUUUUGGCAGAUAUGGGCCAAGGAAUAUCAUUUAAAGCAGGAACUUUUGAUGGAGCAAUUAGUAUCUCUGCGUUGCAAUGGCUAUGCAAUGCAGAUAAAAGUUCACACAAUCCGUCAAGAAGAUUAUAUAAAUUCUUUUCAACACUAUUUUCAUGUUUAUCAAGGUCUGCUAGAGCUGUGUUUCAAUUUUACCCUGAAAAUAGUGAGCAAAUUGAAUUGGUUACAACACAGGCAACAAAAGCAGGUUUUUAUGGAGGUGUAGUUGUAGAUUUUCCAAACAGUACGAAAGCAAAAAAGUAUUUUUUAGUUUUAAUGACUGGAGGAUCUGCUGCUCUUCCUAAAGCUUUAGGUGUCAAUGAUGAUGGAAGAGCCAUUUCAUACACGAGUAGAAGGGAGCAAAUGAAAAAGGCAAGAGGUAAAUCCUUAAAAAAUAGUAGAGAUUGGAUUAUGGAGAAAAAAGAGAGACGCCGAAAACAAGGAAAGAGAGUUCCGGAUGAUACAAAAUAUACGGGAAGAAGAAGAUGUGGUAGAUUUUAACUUCGACACACUUCUUUCUCUCGUCAAAUACAGGUUUAAGUUUUUAAUAUAAGGAAAUUUAUGUAAAUGUUCAUUAAAUUCAGUCCGAAAAUCAUUAUGACAUAGGGUCUGUAUGAAAUAUAAAAUGUACAUAUCCAAACUCAA